AUGGAGUCUGCCUCUGUUCAUCCUGAUCACAUUACUUUCACCUGUCUCCUAUCAGCUUGCAGCCACUCGGGCUUUGCAGACGAUGGACGGAGAUUGUUUUGCUCGAUGCAGGAGCGAUAUGGAGUACCAGCCAGAGAGGAGCACUAUAGUUGCAUGGUGGAUCUCUUCGGGCGAGCGGGAAUGGUGAGGGAAGCCUAUGAACUUAUAAGUAGAUCGGCAUGCAAGUUGGGACCUUCUGUAUGGGGUGCGCUACUCAGCGCCUGUAAACUACAUGGAGAUUCAACUAUCGGGGAAAUUGCCGCGCAGAAGCUCUUUGAGCUAGAGCCAGAGUGCUCCGGAUCAUAUGUCGCACUGUCGAACAUCUACUCUGCAGGGAAGCAGUGGCGGGAGGCGAAUGCCGUCAGAGAGUUAAUGGAUGAAAGGAAUAUAUCGAAAGAUGCCGGUCACAGUUGGAUCGAAGUUGGUGGAAUGGUGCACAGGUUCAGAGCAAGCAGUGGAAGCUUGGAUCACCAAACUGUUUGAAUGAAGUAUAUUUGGUUUGUAGAGACUCGACUUGCAUGCUUGUUUGUGCCUGUGAUAGAUACAGAGAGAGUUACAUUAUGCAA